GCUCCUUUCUUAUGCGCACAAAAGUCUCAAGAUCCUCGAGUCUGGGAUGAUGUACGGGAGUCGGUCGAACGCUACCUUGACAAAGUUCGGUCCAUGCAGAAUGAGGGACAAGCGACAGUAAACUCGCUGAAUGCCUUGAUGGACCUGCGGCAGCGCCACGCGACUCUCUGGGAGGCCAAAUCCACCGGAAUGCAAGGGAACACCAUUACAGUCUUUACUGUAGUCACCAUUCUCUUUGUGAGUUCGAAGUCUUUUGUGUUUUAGAAAUCCGGCUUAACGGAUGCAGUUACCUGCCUCAUUCAUGGCCUCUUUCUUUGCAUUGCCCAUCAUGCAGUUCUCCAAAGCUGAGAGCUCGGACACUCUCGACCUGUCAUAUGUGGUAAAAUGGCUAAUGGCUUUUACAGUACCGGUCGCCCUUUUCUUCAUUUCGAUUGCCUUCUACAUCAAUGACAUUCUGAAUUUCCUGUCCCGGAUUAGUGGGCAUGAAAGACGAGUUGCUAGAUUUUCCGCCGAGGCUUGGAAACAACAAAUUGGGCAGGGCAUCAUCGCCCCUGAGCCGGAUAACCGGCAGCUUCGUGACGGUUCCGAGACUGGGAACGAGGGAAAUGAAGAUGUAGUGUCACAGCACAGUCAGGACGAGCCGAAGGCUCAAUCGGCAACUCGGCGCAGAAAACUGUUUCGGUUCCAGAAUCGGAAUAUGGAUAGUCCAGCUUAAGGCUGAGAUAGGCAUGGGAGAUCAACCGGAUACAUGGGUCGAGAAACCUUCUUAGUGAUGAAAUUUCCCACCAUCGG